GGCUCCAGGCGCAAGCGCCUGCGCGCUGUGGGCGCUGGUGCGGGACAGCUGGCGCCGGCAGCCGCGGAGGGGCUGGAGCCCGCGGCGGCGGCGUCCCGAGCGUGCUGCGCUGCAGGGAGCUGCAGCAGCCGUAGCCCCCACACGGAAGGAAGCUCAGGUGCAGAAGGACCCUUCCUCACUUUUGGAAAUGGCGGGUGACAUCACAGAAGCCGGGGAUCUCUAUUCUCCCUACGUUGGACUGGUGUACAUGUUUAACCUCAUCGUGGGCACCGGCGCACUCACCAUGCCCAAGGCCUUUGCCAGUGCUGGGUGGCUUGUCAGCUUGGUCCUGCUGGUGUUCCUGGGCUUCAUGAGCUUUGUGACAACUACCUUUGUGAUGGAGGCCAUGGCAGCCGCCAAUGCUCAGCUCCAUUGGAAGAGGAUGGAAAACCACCAGGAGGAGGAAGAUGAGGACUCCUCCACAGCCUCUGACAGUGACAGCGUCAUCCAGGACAACUACGAGCGGGCAGAGAAACGGCCCAUCCUGUCUGUGCAGAGACGUGGCUCUCCGAACCUGUUUGAAAUCACAGACCGGGUAGAAAUGGGACAGAUGGCCUCCAUGUUCUUCAAUAAAGUGGGAGUCAACUUGUUCUAUUUCUGCAUCAUCAUUUACCUGUACGGGGACCUGGCCAUCUAUGCUGCCGCCGUGCCCUUCUCCCUCAUGCAGGUGUCCUGCAGCGCCACUGGCAACGACUCCUGUGGUGUGGAGGCCGACACCAAGUACAACGACACGGACCUGUGCUGGGGGCCCCUGCGCCGAGUGGACGCCUACCGCAUCUACCUGGCUGUCUUCGCUCUCCUCCUGGGACCCUUCACCUUCUUUGAUGUCCAGAAAACCAAGUACCUGCAGAUCCUGACCUCCCUGAUGAGAUGGAUCGCUUUCGCCGUCAUGAUUGUGCUGGCCCUGGUCCGCAUCGGGCGCGGGCACGGGGAGGGGCACCCGCCCCUGGCCGACUUCUCCGGGCUCCGGAACCUGUUCGGGGUGUGCGUCUACUCCUUCAUGUGCCAGCACUCCCUGCCCUCCCUCGUCACGCCCAUCUCCUCCAAGCGCCACCUCACGCGCCUGGCCUUCCUGGACUACGUGCUGAUCCUGGCCUUCUACGGCCUGCUGUCCUUCACCGCCAUCUUCUGCUUCCGCGGCGACAGCCUCCUGGACAUGUACACCCUCAACUUCGCGCGCUGCGACAUCGUGAGCGUGGCUGCCGUCCGCUUCUUCCUGGGCCUGUUCCCCGUCUUCACCAUCAGCACCAACUUCCCCAUCAUCGCCGUGACGCUGCGCAACAACUGGAAGACGCUCUUCCACCGCGAGGGGGGCACGUACCCCUGGGUGGUGGACCGAGUGGUGUUCCCCACCAUCACCCUGGUGCCCCCGGUGCUGGUAGCCUUCUGCACCCACGACCUGGAGUCGCUGGUGGGCAUCACGGGGGCCUACGCAGGCACCGGCAUCCAGUACGUCAUUCCCGCCUUCCUGGUGUACCACUGCCGCAAGGACACCCAGCUGACCUUCGGCCACGGGACCGUCAACAAGCACAGGUCCCCUUUCCGCCACACCUUCUGGGUGGGCUUUGUGCUGCUCUGGGCCUUCUCCUGCUUCUUCUUCGUCACCGCCAACAUCGUCCUCAGCGAGACCAAGCUCUGAUGGCAGGACGUGUCUGCUGACAAGCGGGGUAGGGGCCUCAACCUGGCCCCGCUCGGCCCUCUCCGCCUGCAGAGCCGAAAUCUAGUUUGCCUCCCAGGUCUUCAUGAGGCGGGCGUGACCCAGGCUCUUGGAAGGGACCCUGCACAUCUCUAGCUGGGGACCCUCUCCCCGUCCUGGCUUUCCCACAGCCUGCACCUCACCUCACUCGCCAGGGCAACCCCAGCUGAGCCGCACAGCUGGGCAUGCCACUGCUCCCAGAUUCCAGGACUGGUUACUGGAAUCGACCCCCCUGACUCACACACGUGCCCCACCACCCUCACCACCAGAGGUGGGCUCCUCUCCCUGCACGGUGGUGACGCAGUGCUGGCACUGCCACUAUUUAUUCCAGGCACCAUGUCCCCCUCCUCCCUUCCAGACCCCUCCCUGGUCCCGGCCUGGGAAAUCUCCACUAGAAGCUGCUGCCUCCUCAGAAUGAAUCCCGGGCCCUCGCCCUCCUCCCCACCAGGCCCCACCUUCUCUCCAGGCUGGGCAUCGCCAAGUGCCACUCUUAGGGGAGGUCCUGGCCAGCCUGAUGACAAGAGCAGGAGGUGCUAAUCGGUACCAGGGUCCCCCGAGCAGAGCUGUGAGGGCCCUGCUGUGGGUGCCAGCCCCUGUUCCAGGCCCCUGAGCCCGGGAUGACUCGAGCAGCCCUUCCACGGGGCACAGCAGCUCGUGCACUGGUUUAAAGCCCGGAACUCGUAACCCCUGAAAGGGGUCCUGUGCCCUGCUGACUGCCCCACUGGGUCUCUUGGGGCCUCCUGCAGAGCAGGGCACGGUGUAGAAGGGCCACUACAAGAGAGCUGCCCCCACCCUCCACCAUAGUGACUUGGGAGAGCCCUGGGCAUGUAGCGGUGAGAGGGCUUGGUGGUUCCCACCCUGUAAGAGGGCAGACCUGCUCCUUUUCCCCGCUCCAACACUAAAGGUGGCUCCCUUUCGAGCCAGGCUCAGUGUCCACACACUCCGUGUCCCUUGGGCGCCGUGUGGUGAGAUAGGGCACCGGCCAGCAUUCCCGUGGAGGGAAGGUCGGGUUCCCAUCACCUCGUCAGCUCUCCAGUGGUCCCCUCCCCCUCAUAAUCAUGCACCUGCGGGGCCCGCCGUCCUCGGAAACACACAUGACUGAUGAACUGCAUUUUCUAUGUGCCUUCUGCUUCAGGACCUGGGGUCCUUCCUGACCCUCCCUGGCUGCCCCCAGCCCUGGGCCUGGUCCCACCUGUCCUAGAGCCCAGAGCAGCUUGGCUGGGAGCUGCAUCUCUGGCCGCUUGAUUUCAGUGCCUUGCUCAGCCCUUUUAGGGAACCUCUGUAGCCUCGCCCUGCAUCGCACCAGCUUCGUACCUUGAACAGAGCGACAGCACUGGGCCUCCUGGGGCCCACAGUGGUCUCUGGAGGGCAGAGGGGCACGUGAGAUUUGCAGGAACAUGGGGAGUCCACAGGCAACACUACCCCCCCACCUUUGGCCCCUAGCAGCCCCAGCCUUUGAGAACCCCAUAUCACAAUUGGCUGCGAUCUGCUUUCUCUCUGUUGCCACACAUUGUCGCUUCUCACAGCUUGUCCCCAAGUAUCAUCAUUUUCCAUUCACCUGAAAAAUAAGACGCCCCUUCCCCAUCUGCCAUUGUAGCUUCUUUCCAGGGGGCCCUGCCCCGAGGUGGGUGGGGCAGGAAGGCUCUGGGGUGGCCAGGCCCCCUGUGACUCAGGCCCUCCCUGGAGCUGCCCCCACUGUUUGCUGAAAACUCAAAACAUUUAUACUUACCCUUCUCCAAUUAUGUUCCCUUUUGCUUAAGGACAAAUCAAAUUAAAUCAUCCUGUUGCCCCAGGCUCCAAACCAAA